AUGGAGGAGCUCCAGUCAAGCACCAGGAUCGAGGGCAAACCCAGGAAGGUGCGGUUCAAGCUGGCCUCGUCGUACAGCGGCCGGGUGCUGAAGCAUGUGUAUGAGGAUGGACAGGAGCUGGACAGUCCUGAAGAGCAGUACCCUAACAGCUUUAUCAAUGCUAAGAUGGAGAUGGGAAAGCUGUGUGGCAUAGACGACAUGCAGGACCCUCCUACAGGACUGAUCGCUCAGAGGAUAAAUGUCUAUCGAGGAGUCGGCGGAUGUCCCCUGACCUGUGGCGAUCUUCCAGAGGGGGAUAACAAAGCACCAGUAUUAGAUUUUGGAAAGAUCAUUAUCUACACCAGCAACCUUAAGAUUGUUCGGGCUCCUCACAGAAAAAGAGAAUCUGGGAGGAGUCCUCACCGCAGUCGGGACAGGAAAGAGAGUUCACCACGCCGCACAUCCCGUAGCAAAGAGAGGAACAGGACAGCAUGUUCUCACGCAGAGGAACCAGAUGAAACGACGGCACAAAAGAAGGAAGCAGGCUCCUGUGGACAGUGCGGCGGUUCUGGUUCUUCUCCGUGCUCUCUGUGUCACGGCAGUAAACUGUCCAUGCUGGCUAACCGCUUCAAUGAGUCAAUCAGAGAACUGCGCUGCCCAGCGUGCAACCCCCAUGGCCUCGAGCGAUGCCAGUCCUGCGCACACUAAC